AUGUCCACACAGGAAGAGGCCGCAGAGCCCCAGAUAGAUCAGGAGAUUCUCAACUCGUCUACCAAUGACAUUAUAAACCGUGCUAAACUACUAGAUAAUGAGAUAAAGCUUUUCAGAUCGGAGCUAUUGAGACUUAACCAUGAGAAGCAGGUCAUGACAGAUAAAGUCAAAGAUAAUAGGGAAAAGAUAAAAAAUAACAAGCAAUUGCCUUAUCUGGUGGGAAAUGUUGUUGAACUUUUGGACCUUGAAGCUGAACAAGACGCUUCCAAGGAAGGUGCCAACGUUGACUUGGAUUCUACUCGUGUUGGUAAAUCAGCUGUGGUUAAAACUUCCACGAGACAAACUGCGUUCCUACCCAUAAUCGGCCUGGUAGAUCCUGAAAAUUUAAAGCCAGGUGACUUAAUUGGUGUGAAUAAAGAUACAUAUUUGAUUUUGGAUACAUUGCCUGCCGAGUACGACUCGAGAGUAAAAGCCAUGGAAGUUGACGAAAAACCUACAGAAACAUAUGGAGACAUUGGUGGUUUGGAUAAACAGGUGGAAGAACUCAUUGAAGCUGUUGUUCUUCCAAUGCAACAAGCUGACAAAUUCAAGAGUCUAGGAAUUAAACCCCCUAAAGGUGCUUUAAUGUAUGGUCCUCCAGGAACAGGUAAGACCCUACUGGCUCGUGCAUGUGCUGCUCAAUCAAAUGCCACAUUCUUGAAAUUAGCAGCACCCCAGUUGGUGCAGAUGUUUAUCGGAGAUGGUGCUAAGCUUGUGCGGGACGCUUUUGCUCUGGCCAAAGAGAAGGCUCCAACUAUUAUUUUCAUUGACGAAUUGGACGCCAUCGGAACAAAGAGAUUUGACUCUGAUAAGAGCGGUGACAGAGAAGUUCAACGUACAAUGUUGGAAUUGCUAAAUCAACUUGACGGUUUCGGGUCAGAUGACCGUGUAAAAGUGCUUGCAGCAACUAAUAGGGUGGACGUCUUGGAUCCUGCUCUUUUACGUUCCGGACGAUUGGACAGAAAGAUUGAAUUCCCCCUGCCUACAGAAGAAUCCCGAGCUCAAAUUUUACAAAUACAUUCUCGUAAGAUGACUUGUGAUGACAAUAUUAACUGGGAAGAAUUAGCAAGAUCUACGGACGAAUUCAACGGUGCACAACUUAAGGCCGUUACUGUGGAGGCCGGUAUGAUUGCCUUGCGAAAUGCACAGAAUGUUAUCAAACAUGAGGACUUUGUGGAUGCUAUUGGUGAAGUCCAGGCUCGUAAGUCGAAGUCAGUUUCUUUCUACGCUUAG